AUGAAGAGAAAGGCUGAAAAGCAAAUGCCUGCUGCUGCUCCCGUCAGCGCCUUUGCGGCGCGCAAAGCUCGUCAACAGCAGCUGCAAUCUGCAGUCUCUGUGGAGAAGCCAGCAGAGGUUGAACCGGUUCGAGAGCCACCAUCAAAAAAGCCGCGACAUACAUCGGAAGAGGACCAUGUACAAACGAGGGGAGCAGCAAAGAAAAAGGCAGAGUCUGUAAAGACCAAAGCUGCGCAGAAGCCGGUGAAAUCUCAGAAGUCUAGGGAACAAGUUCCAGAACCUGAGCCAGUCGAAGAUACUAGCCAAGCUCCCUCGGAUGAGGAAUCGGAGCAGGACAGUGCUGUGGAGGAGAUCAAUGGCGAUAAUGACGUUCCCGUUGGGGAUGAUGAGAAUGGGUAUGAAUCCCCAACGGAGAUUCCUGUGGAAAUGCAGAACUUCCCUCUCUCCAAGGCCCGUUUGAACAAGAAGAGCAUAGCUUACAGCGACGAACAAACGCUGUGUGUUCGCAUAAAAGAGAAGAUGAAUCUCGCGCUUAUUGGACAUUAUGAUAUCUGGGUGAAACGGGGCGUGGUCAGUUUGAUGGGUGCAAAGCUGCAUCCUUCCGCGCGGAUAUACCGAGUCUAUGCUCCUUCGACACAUUCUUUGCCCGUUAUCAAAUGCGUGACUGGUGUUGAUGGUGAGGCUGAAAUUGAGGUCAAGUCAUGCCACAGUGGCAUCUAUCGUCUUAGAGAUCUAUCGCCUUUAUAUCAACGGAUAUGGAAUGGCAAGAAUACUUCGGCGGAUAAGCUUACCUUCAAGGGAGGUCAAAACAGCAAGAGGACAUUCUCAGUGCUGUAUACAUCAGCGGAUGAUCCUCUAAACCGCCAUUUGCGGCCGCUGCAUCUCGAAAAACAAUGGAGCUCUGCAAUCAGAUCUCUUUCUCAACGAGGUGGACAACUCAGGGCGCUGAUCUGUGGUCCUAAAGCAUCUGGAAAAUCGACAUUUAGUCGGUAUCUUUUGAAUCAUCUUCUUAGCCCCGCCCCACAGGUCGAAGCCGACUUCAGCAACACCGACGGAGUCGCUUUUCUGGACCUGGACCCCGGGCAGCCAGAAUUCUCUCCAAUGGGUCAGGUUUAUCUUGCCCAUUUACGUUCUCCCUUCUUUGGUCCUCCGUUCACCCACCCGUCGCUAGACGAUUCUCUUGAUGGAACGAUGGUCCGAGCCCAUCAUAUCGGGGCAACAUCUCCAAAAGACGACCCUGACCAUUAUGUACUUGCAGCAAUGGAUCUGAUGGACCGCUAUCGGUCUUUGUUGGCAACCUACCCUCAAUGUCCGUUAAUCAUCAACUACCCUGGCUGGAUCUUUGGACUCGGUCUGGAAGUUGCUACAUGGCUGGUCAAGUCUCUUGGUCUGUCAGAUGUGGUAUAUAUGAGUGAAAAGGGACCAAUGGAAGUUGUGGAACCUCUGGGUCAGGCAGCGAACGAGGCCAGGAUCCCUCUGACUACACUGCCAUCUCAGCCAACCGAUUUCGUGAGCAGGUCGAGCGCUCAGCUGCGCUCGAUGCAAAUACAAUCCUACUUCCACAUGUCUCGGCCAGCCGAGGUCCACAACCCUUUGUGGCUCGACACGCCAACAUCUCGCACACGGCCCAUCCUUGUUGACUACUCUGGACCGCGGCAAGGUAUUCGGGGUAUCAUGGUCAUGGGGUCUCAAAUCAACCCCGAGCUUCUUCACGAGGUUCUUGACGGAUCUAUCGUGGGAGUGGUGGCUGUUGAAUCUCCCAAUGCAAUCCUAGGCCAGGGAGCGGGUUCCGGUGUGCUGGAUGGUCUUCCAGCGGGGAAGAAAGACUCGGACAACGAAAUGGAGAGCAGCGAGAGUGACUCUUCCUCUGAAGAAGACGAAGAUGUCAACAUGGACGGCCCUGACGACGCCGCCAAAGAUCCCGCUUCAGCUCUUCCCUCUAUGGAAGCCAACAUUGCCCGAACACCAGAAGACCUCCCCUACCUCUUCAUCGGUUCUGGAACCAACAACCCCCUCGACCCCAAAGCCUCACACUGCCUAGGCCUUGCAAUCGUGCGCUCCAUCAACGCCUCGUCCCGCAAACUGGAACUAGUCACGCCCAUCCCGGGAUCGAAAAUCCGCGGUGCCAUUGAACAAGGUCACGGGAUUGUUCUAGUGCGAGGACAGCUGGAUAACCCCAACUGGGCGAUCAGCGAGGAUUACCACGCCGCACGGGCUGCAGAAAAGCGCCAUCAGCAGAGUGUGGCCAAGGCGAGGAAGAGCAAAGACGCAGAUGGACAGGACGAUGCUUUCGACUCGAAGAUGCAGGCUAAGGUAUCGGCUACUCUGCGGGAUAGAAUACGGCGUGCAAGCAAGGUGCCGUGGAUGACGGUGAUUGAGGAUAACAGUCGGAGGCAACGAGAGGCAGCGAAUCGGGAAAGGUCGUUAUGGAAGUUACGAAAGAAGGCAUACCCAGGUAGUGAGAGUGAAACUGACUGGUAG